AUGGAUGACUCCGAAGACUGGCUCAACACCGGCCUAACUGGCAACGGCUGGGUACCACCUUACCUCGACCUCAACGACGUGAUCCAUAGCCCCGACUUCUACUCCGGCGUCAGCUCCCGAUGCCAGCAAUACGACAGCUACUUCCAAAAAGCCGGCGACGGGCACGGCAUCGACCCCGUGAUCCUCGCGUCCUUCUGCAACGCCGACGCAGGCGGCCCAACACCCGGCCUUAUGCAAGUCUCGUGCGCCAACUACCCGAACGGGGUCUGCACGGACAGCAUCCAGGAUAACGCUGACGCCGGGGCGAAUUACCUGCGCGGCCAGCUCGCUCGAUGAUACGGAUGGGAAUGCGGUGUCGGCGUUUGGGAAGUAUAAUGGCUGGUUCACGGCGGGGUUGGGGCUGAAUGGGAAUCGGGAACUCACGACGCAUUAUCCGUGCUCGCCGGAGGGGAAUGUUCCGUGGUAAAUCGUUUGAGCCUUUGAUGCUUCUUAUUGAUUGGUCCGAUGCUUUACUUAUUCGGUACCUAGUAUUUAAGGCAGCAACUCCACUUCGCCAAUGGUUGAACAACACCGAUGGAUCAAAUAUCAUAUCUUCUUCGCUGCUUCUUUUAUCUUUAGAAUCAGGGUACACUAAUCGUGUCUAUCUGCCGCUGCGAUCCAUCGAAAAUCCAGGAAAAUGCCAGAAUACCCA